AUGGAGAAUGAGAAGAGCAAGAUCCUGAUAUUUGGGGGAACUGGGUACAUAGGGAACUACCUGGCCAAGGCAAGCUGCUUGUUGGGCCAUCCAACUUAUGUCUAUGCUCGUCCUCUCACCCCAAAAACCACUCCAUCCAAACUGGAGCUCCACAAGGAGUUGCACUCCAUGGGCGCUACCUUUGUCCUGGGAGAACUGGAGGAGCAUGAGAAGAUUGUGUCGGCACUUCGGGAGGUGGACAUAGUUAUCUCUGCACUGGCAUACCCUCAAGUUCUUGACCAACUCAAAAUCAUAGAUGCCAUCAAAGUUGCUGGUAAUAUCAAGAGGUUCCUUCCAUCAGAUUUUGGGGUUGAAGAGGACAGGAUAACCCCUCUACCCCCUUUCGAAGCAUUCCUUGAUAAAAAGAGAAAGAUCAGGAGGGUCGUUGAAGCAGCUGGGAUUCCUUACACUUUCGUUUCUGCAAAUUGCUUUGGUUCAUACUUUCUUAAUUACUUGCUUCAUUCACAUGAGAAAGGAGACGACAUUGCCGUAUAUGGAAGUGGUGAAGCAAAGGUGGUGCUAAAUUAUGAAGAGGAUAUCGCUACGUACACAAUCAAAGUGGCUAAUGACCCUAGAACAUGCAACCGUGUUGUCAUUUAUCGGCCCCUAAAAAACAUCUUGUCACAACUGGAGCUGAUAUCACUUUGGGAGAAGAAGAAUGGUCGCAGUUUCAAUAGGAUUCAUGUCCCGGAAGAAGAAAUAGUGAAGCUUUCUGAGACCCUACCACCUCCAAAGGACAUACCGAUGUCUAUCCUUCACAGCAUAUUUAUCAAAGGCCAGACGGUAUUUGAACUAAGGGAGGACGACAUGGAGGCUUCAAGGCUAUAUCCAGAUUUUAAAUACACAACCAUUGAUCAACUUCUUGAUAUUUUUCUUGUUAAUCCCCCUAAGUUCGCAGCUGCUGCGUUUGAAUGAGUUUUCAGUCGUUUUAAAGAAGAGAGAGAGAAGGAAUAUAUUUGGCUUUGUUUGUUUGUUUUUAAUUUUUUUUAAAUAUAUGGGGAAAGAGGUUACAAAGGAGGGUCAUUAGUACUGUUAGAGGAUAAAAGCAGCGCGCGCAGCUCACCUCCCCUCAAAAGCAGUCUGAAAAUCAGCAAUGAAUCUCCAUAAUUUCUGUUGAUCAGCUACCUUACAGUAGCAGCUACACUGCAGUCUAGAAGCCUACAGCUCACACUCUCUCCUGGAUGCCUGCUGAUCCCCUGUGCUCCAUGCAUGUCUCCCGGAUCAUUAGCUCUUUCCUUUUUUGUAUUUCAUGUAUUUCAUCAUGUUUUUCUGUAUUGUAAACCUAGUACUACUUAAUUACCUUAAAACUUUUGCACAUG